UGGAAUUACUUUCUUGCCAUCUUUAGUGGGUCCUACCCUAGAUUAUGUGUAUGUUUUUGUGGUGGAUGUUAUGACCAAGACACAUGGCACCAACCCAAACCAAAGUUUUUAAAUGUUUAUGGAUGUGUGAGCAGUAAGAGAGUUGUGGGAUUGGUUUAGACUUUUUGGAGGUGAGGUAGGAAAUGAGAAAAUUGUGGGAAACUAAUACUCAUCAUUGUUCCAAAUUUGAACAAACAUAAAUAUACAAGACGACAACAACAACAUCAACUUCCUUCUUUCUAUGGUUUUUAUGAAUCAUAGAAGGGUUUGAUGAGAGAGUUUUGAUCUUGAAAGAGGAGGAGGAGGAGGGGCCUUCUUUUGUGUGUGUGUGGAGGGUGUUUUUUACUCCUUUGAAGAAGGCUCUUUCUGCUUUGAAUUACUUUUCUUCAUUUUUGUAGGCUGGAAAGGAAAACAAUGAUAAGGUGGUGGACAUCUGCUCUGCAAUUAACAGAGCUGUUUGUAAGCACGGUGGUGCAUUUGCUAUAUGGGCUUUACAUAUUUAGCACAGCUUUGGCUGGUGAUCUUUCACAGGUAAUGAAUGAAUGGUUUUUCAAGGUUAAUGUGAAUGGUGUUGUUAAAGAGGAGGAGACCAAAGAGAUAUUAACAACAACAGCAACAGCAGCAACAGAAACCAGCGUUGAUGACUUGCCUCCUAUUGUGUUGGUUCAUGGAAUCUUUGGAUUUGGCAAAGGGAAAUUGGGAGGUUUAUCGUACUUUGCAGGAGCAGAGGAGAAAGAUGAGAGGGUCCUGGUGCCCGAUUUGGGGUCUCUAACUAGCAUAUAUGAUAGGGCACGCGAGUUAUUUUAUUAUUUGAAAGGUGGGCUAGUUGAUUAUGGAGAAGAACACAGCAAGGCUUAUGGACACUCGCAAUUUGGACGGACUUAUGAACAAGGGCAUUAUCCUGAAUGGGAUGAGGAUCACCCUAUUCACUUUGUUGGGCAUUCUGCUGGAGCGCAGGUUGUUCGGGUGUUGCAGCAAAUGCUUGCUGAUAAGGCAUUUAAUGGGUAUGAGAGCACUUCUGAUAAAUGGGUGUUAAGUAUCACAUCCCUCUCCGGAGCAUUCAAUGGGACUACAAGGACCUACUUAGAUGGGAUGCAGCCAGAAGAUUGGAGAAACAUGAAACCAAUAUGUCUGCUUCAGUUCUGUCGCUUAGGAACAAUAAUUUAUGACUGGCUUGACAUUCCUUGGCUGAAGGCUUACUACAAUUUUGGAUUUGAUCACUUCAACAUGUCCUGGAAAAAAAUUGGGAUUUUUGGUCUUAUUGACUGCCUGUUGGGGAAUGCAGGACCCUUUGCUUCUGGAGAUUGGAUACUUCCUGAUCUUACAAUUCAAGGGUCUAUGCAACUAAACUGCCAUCUACAAACCUUUCCUGAUACAUAUUAUUUCAGUUAUGCUACCAAACGUACUAGGAGAAUCUUCGGUAUCAAUGUUCCUUCAAGCAUCUUUGGAAUCCACCCAUUGCUUUUUAUAAGAGUGUUGCAGAUGAGCCAGUGGCGUCAUCCUCCAGAUGUCUCUCCCCCUUAUAAAGGAUACAGGGAUGAGGAUUGGCAGGACAAUGAUGGAGCACUCAACACCAUAUCUAUGACCCACCCUCACAUUCCAGUUGAACACCCAAGCCAAUUUGUUGGGCAUGAUUCAGAGUGUCAACCCUUACAACCAGGAAUAUGGUAUUACAAGAUUGUUGAAGGUGAUCACAUAUUGUUCAUUCUGAAUAGGGAUAGAGCAGGAGUUCAAUUUGAUAUGAUAUAUGACAGUAUUUUCGAGCGUUGUAGAAAACACGUCUUUAGGAAGAGUCAGCAAACUUUACCAAACGAAAUCCAGCAAUAGUUCGUUGUCUGUUACUCUACACAACUAGGAAACAAAACCUAUCAUUGGACAAUUCUUUGCCUCCCUCCCUCUCUUGUCUCUGUAAGUGUACGCUUCUGCAAGGAGUUGCCAUCUUCAGCAAUGUUAAAGCUGUUUGAGUCUGCAGCUUGAAAGAUA